AUGCCGCUGGUGGUCCUGUGUGGGCUGCCGGACAGCGGCCGGAGCCGGCGUGCAGACGAACUUCAGACGGCGCUGGAGGCCGAGGGUCGCCCCGUAACGGUCGUGCGUGAUGCUGACGUGCUGGGGCCCGGUGGGCCGGCAGCACUGCGAGAGGCCUACACCGACCCGAGCCGCGAGAAGGCGCUGCGUGCGGCCCUCAAGGCGUCGGUGGAACGCGGGCUUGGUCCCCGCUCCGUUGUCCUCCUCGACUCGCUCAAUUACAUCAAGGGCUUUCGCUAUGAGCUCUACUGCCUGGCCCGGGCGGCGCGCACACCGCUUUGCCUGCUCUACACCCUGAGGCCGCAGCCACGCGCAGUGGGCUUGGGGGACAGCCCAGCUCAGGUCGGGUCAUCGACCCACAGCUGGAGGCCGGGGCCAGCGGCCUCGGAUCCCUUGGAGGAGUCCUCGGAACAGGGCCCAGAGCGUCAGGCAAAAGGAUUCGAGGCAACCCAGAGGCCGAAGGCACUUGGGCCAGAAGGAAGGCCAGGAUGUGGGGUUGUGGAGGACGGAGCUGCUGAUGGUUGGGAGCUGGAGCAGAUCGGGGGACCGGGAACCACGGAACCUGGGAGCCAGGAGGCAGCGCCGGACCCCUCCUUUCCUCCGGAGCUCCUGGAUGCCCUGGCCCAGCGGUUUGAGGCCCCAGACUCCAGGAAUCGCUGGGACCGGCCUCUAUUCACGGUGGUGGGCCUCGAGGAUCCUCUGCCCUUGGCCCAAAUCCGGGCAGCCCUCUUUGAGAGCCAAGUACCCGCACCCCAUCAAGCCACCCAGUCCCAGCCUCUGUCAUCCACCAAUUUCCUACACCAAUUGGACCAAGUCACAAGUCAGGUUCUGGCAGCCCUGUUAGAGGCUCAGAAAACCGCUGUCCCUGGGGACUGGUUGACUAUGCCGGGGACCACAGAGAGGCUGCUGUUCACACGCCCCCUUUCCAUGGCUGAGCUCAGUCGGCUCAGGCGCCAGUUCAUCUCUUACACCAAAAUGCACCCUAACAAGGAGAACCUGCCCCAGCUGGCCAACAUGUUCUUGCAGUACCUGGGGCAGAGCCUCCACUGAAGAGAGGGAAGGAGCUGGAAAGCCUGAAGCUGCCCCCCCCCCUUUGUUCCCCAACCACAUCAGAUGGUAUAAGACCCUCAGGACUUGAUGAAUGUCUUAAUUAACUUCAGAUUGUGGCCAGUUUGGGUUGUGAAGAUGGGAAAGUGGCCUGAAGGAUGAUUGAAUGGAUCUCCUCCAGAGAAGAGGGCUUUAGGUGUGGGGAACGUGGUGUUAAGCUUGUGUUCUUUUUUUGGAAGUAGCAAAUUUUUGCCUUUCUCAGCCUUGGAGGCAGCCAGGGAAAAGACUGAAAAUGGCCAUGGACAAGCACCCAUAAAGAGCUGACUGAAUUCUGCUUGUGAGUCGUGCAACAAUAAAGGGUUUGUUU